GAGAGAGAGAGAGAGAGAGAGAGAGAGAGAGAGAGAUCGGCCUUCCAUUGCAGCCAAUGAGACGAGCGCCACAUUUUCAUACUUUGGAGCUGUGAACUUCCAGGUGACGACAAAGAGAAGAACGCAGCGUAAAGCUCCUGAUACGUGAGUCUUCUCAGAUUUAAGCCCCUGAGGCCGCUCCUCAAGGUUUUGAUGCCCACACUCUUUGAAGCAGGUGGACAGAUACAGGCAUGAGUAACAGUGGGACCAAAACCCCGUCUCUACAGCCCAGCACUGCCCAGUCACCUCCUGGUCCUCAACGCAGGGGCAGGGGUCGCCCACGGAAGGAGCAGCAGGAGCCUGUUGGACCACCGGCUGUAAAGCGACCAAGAGGACGACCGUUGGGGAGCAAGAACAAAGGCCCGAGAACUACACAGAAGAAGGUGGAGCCUGUUGGGGAGAAACGACGACGUGGUCGACCCCGGAAAUGGCCUCAGAAAGUCGUUCAGGAAGAGCAGCAGGGUCCUUCAGAAGAGGCCGAGGAGGGCCCCUCGCACACUGAGCCGUCACCUCAGGAUCCAACACAGGAGGAAGGGGAGUAGACACGAUACCUCUCUACCUACCUCAUGCCUCAGACAGACAGACA